UACGUGUACAUGAUAAGGAGCGACUAACCGCAGACUGGACUGGACAUGCGGGCACCGGACCCCAACACCGUGCUGAUCCCAUGGUCAGCAACCAGCGACCAUGUGGACAGCACAGUGUCGUUACAAGGUUAUAGGCGCGGGGUUCAUGCGUGGUUAAAACAUGAUCACUCCGUGCUUACAUUCACCUUGAGGUGGGCUGCUUUUUUGGUGAACGUACAUGGACGUGGUGGGGCAGGUAGAACCAGCGCAUGCAUAUACGUGUACCUGUAAAAAUGAAGUCGUAAAAAACACGGUGGCGCGACAAGAGGCCUUUUUUCCGUUCACCAGUUGGCAUGCUCUUGUCUAGUCUGAUAUUGGAGUUUUUAUACAGCUCAAUGGUCUAUGCAUGUGCAGUUGUAGGAAAUUCUGCUGGUGCCCACAGAUUUCCGGUUCCUCUCGGAGGACCGGUAAAACUUUCCCUUUCAGAAUCAAAUUUUUUUCAAUUUGUCCUAAUGUUACCAAGUUGUUUUUUUUGGGGGGGGUGCUCAUGACGUUAGUUGUUGAACUCACUUUGUUAAUUACUGGAGCGGCUUCUUUUAAUAUUAUGUAUGCUUGUUUCAGAUUGACCAUCGGCUCCUGUCCCAACCCAGCCUCCCAGGGAAAACUUUUUCUUGCCAUUGACCCUAUCUGAGACCCCUGGCAACCUCCAUAAAUUAAAUGACCGAAUUAAAGAAUAAAAUAUAUAUUAACUAAGCAACAAAUUCAGGAUCUUCGCAAUAAGGAAGGUUUUUGGAGAUGUCCAAUUUUCUGCACAAGGCUGUGCAACGUUUCCGAAAUUUGGUAUUGAGCGUGGGCAGUCAUCCUCGUGCAAUCCAGUCUCUAGUAGUACGUCAAAUGUCUUUAACGUAAUCGAUGUGUUCCUUCCUCCAUGUUUAAACAGAGCAAUUUCUACUUUUGAUUUGUUUCCAUGAGUCAGAAGGGAAACCUCGAUGUUGCCCAACACGUAUAAUUAUGGUUCGAGCACUUUUUAUGUACUGUUGCUACGCUGGCACAAAAUUACGAUUAAAAGCGCAAUGGUGAAAUUCAACACGACUUGCUCCAGAUUGUGACGGACCUUAAAAGUUGUAGUAUUGUAAGGGGUGUAAAUCAAUUUUCAUUAUAUGGCUCGAGAUUUUGGUAAAUGAUGACUAGUUUAUAUAUUGCAGAAAACAAUAACAAAUUUACACUCGUUUAUUUCCCCAUGCACUGACUGACUUCUCUUCAAAGAAACAAAAUCAUGAUAGGUUCUCGUAUCUAAAAACCCAAAAUUCUAUCAGCUGGAGCAAUCAUUUCACGGAUGUUGUCCAGCACAGGUGAGUGUACACGCGUCUACUCGCACGACCGGUAGACGGCCGUGAUUGGACCAUGCUUCAGCGAGCCGACCUGAUCCCUCAUAGGCCAACGUCUCUGAUUGGCCGCUAAAAAAAGCACCACGUGAAACUUCAACCCUGUUGGGGUUACCCUCCUGAAGAAGUUUCAAAACCACUCGGUCAUAGGUACAUGAAAUGCUUGCAAAAAUAACACAUUUGUUACAUUACCCUAGAAGUUAACUUCAGCCGAAAGAGUUGAUUUUAGAAAUAUAAACUGGCCACUGAAUUUACAAUAAGUUUCUCUACAGAUAUGUUUUUUUCUAUUAUAAAUAACUAGUUUUUAUUGUAUUGGAAAGAACCUACCUUCUGGAAAAUGGUUGUACCUAACAAGGAUGACCUUUCAAGAUCAUGCGCCGGGCCGGCCGGGGACUACGUGCUUCAUCGUUCUGGCCAUUCAUUAAGCAUAAACAUGUUCGUCAUCCAUGAUCAAAUGUACAUGAAGUAAGCCGUUGUUGACUGUUUGUGACCGUAGACUUUGAAAAUUGGCAUCGUUUAUCAAAUGUAAGCCAAUGCUCAAUUCUGCACCAGAACACAUCGGAUGAUUUCGACAGUUAGCCUUACAUCAACUGAUAUUGCUUCCACGAUCAAGCUGUUUUCAUCAGCCGACAGUUUUGGAGUUUCCGGAAAGGCAUGACCAGAUGAAAAUUCUAUUUCUACCUACGUGUGGGCUUAACGGUAGGCUUGACGUUACACAUCGAUGUGGAUGGCCAAUCUUUGUAGGCCAACAUGGAACUUGCUCAGUGCUAGGCCUGUAAGUGUUCAAAUUCAUCAGGAUCAUUUGGAUGUGGUAGAGCACUUGAGUUUAACUGAAGCUACCGUUUGUCUUUUGGGACAUGGCAUGUGGCCUGCUGACAAGCCCAGCAAUGCCGAUUGACACCCUCCUCCCUUUGGGCACAAGCCCGCCCCUGCCAUCUCUCUACCUGCAGUCAAGGUACACAGCCACCUCCUACAUGUACAUUUCUGAUAUAUCUGCGGCCGCUAAGGCCCGGCCGGUUGACCGGCGCAAACAGUUGAGGCCCUGUCUCCGGGAUGGACAGCAGGCCAGGAGGAUGAAAGAUGCAGUUGACAAUGGCAUUGAAACGAAUGGGUCAGCAGAAGCAUGCUCAGCUCAGAACAUAUGCGACAGUAUCCCCAUUGAUGGCCUUACCAUAGACGACAAGGUAAAGGACGCAGACUAUGGUAAGACAGUCAAACAACCACCGAAAAGCAGAAAACGUGUCUGCUUUGCCGACGCUAAGGGCCUAGCUUUAGAGACAGUGCGAGUGAUGGACGGCCCCAGCCACGUCCCACCAGUUCUUCAUUCACGGAUCAUGGAGGAGAUUGUCCAAGAUGAGAAGCCAGAGCUCUUUCACACCUACACCUAUGUUGUAGACUUUGAGCAGCCUGCGGCAAACUACCUCGAAUUUAGGGACAAGCUAGAGAAGAAUUUCAUUAGCUUGGAGAACAUCGUCAUCAAGGAUAACGUGGAGGUCAUGGGAACCAUUAAAGUGAAAAACGUUGCUUUUGAGAAAUCUGUCGCAGUUCGAGUCACGUUUGACAAAUGGAGGAGCUUCCAAGACAUACCAGCAUCCUACAUUCAGCGCAGCCCAUCAGGGCAGGCCGACCGCUACGACAGCUUCUCUUUUUGUUUCAACAUCCCCCAGAAUAGAGAGGGGGAGAGUAUUGAGUUCUGCCUCCGCUAUGAAUGCCGGGGCCAGUCUUACUGGGACAGCAAGGGCGGAGAGAACUACAAGAUCAUCUCGCAGCACGAGAAGAGCCUGACGGAGCAGCAGAAGCUGGCGUCCUAUUGCAGUCUCAGCAGCCAGGCAAACUGGGGAGACUUCUCUCUCUGGAAGGUGGUCGCAGAUGAAAGGCCAUACUGGUGACAGAGAGUGAAUCAGGGCUCACACUGCUGACGUUGUAGGCAGGGACUUUGGUCUUCUACCUACUACAGCAUAGCAUAGCAUAGGAAAAGUACCUGCUUAAAAUGUUUACCUGUGGUAACAUAGGGAAUCUGUCAAAAGUGAUGGUGGAUAUGAAGCCUUAUGUGUCGUCUCAGUGAUGUACAUGCAUACAGAAAUAUUUUGUCGAGCAUUUAUUUUGUGGAUCAUGCAACUCAGUACACAGUGGGCCUAGAUUCGUAAAUCCACAUGCAUAUGGACUGUAGAGUUUGGAAACUGGAAAGCAAUACAUGUAUGACUUGACAAAGAUUAUUUUUGAGAAGAAAUUUGUUAAAAGAUAGAGAUUAAAUGCAUAUUUGCAUCAGAGGGAGGUUUUAUCUUUUUCAAGAAUGAAUUCUGUAACUGCAGAAAAAAUUUCAUACCUGCAAGUUUACAAGAGUGAAUUUGUAUCCGGUUGGAAAGAUGGUAGAGAGCUGUCAGAACUUUGGUGUGUACAUAGCUGGAAAAGCUACAAAUCCACACUAACAAGUAAAAUGGCAGGUUUCAAGUUUUAUAAGUCACUGCCCAGAGCAUGUGAAUAAGCUUCAGGAAUCAGUAUUUUUAGACUGGAGGGGUUUUAAAGAACUAUGACUUGUGAAUUAAUUUACCAUACCUUGUACAUUGAGAGGUAAUUACCACAAAUUAUCCAUGUGAUAAAUCAUACAUGUAUCAAUAUUUGUGAAGUAACAGUUCAAUUUUCAGGGUUUAAUGCAGUGAAAGAAAAGUUUGCUGGAAGUUAGCGAUCAGUACCGACUUUACUUUUAACUCAUACUUAGGUGAUCAGUUCUUAGAGACUUGAGUUUUGCACUGCAACAUUCUGUGUUCUCUGUCUGCCUCAGAGAGAUGAAUAUCACCGGUGUCAGUGAACUGGUUAAAAGUGUAGCUGUUGUCUAUCAACAGGAAGAUUGUGUGGAAAUGUUCUUUUGGUGUGAUUAACUAACAACAUGUAUGCCCCAUUUCAGUUGCUUGUCAUUGUCUUGCAGUUCAAUGGAUACUUGCAUGCAGUUGUUACAGCCGUUGCUCGUGACAAUCAUUCAGUUUGGUGUGGCAGAGCCAUAGUUAAACACAUAGCUUCUUGGUGCAUUGAUGCCGUAAUGAGAAGUACAUAUUGAGCUACGCAGACACUCUCAUUACAGAGUUUUAACAUCCGCAUAGUUUUGUCCAUGAGUCUUGCAAGUUCACAAGCAUUCUUGCAGCAAUACAGUGCAUCUCCUUUCUAAACACAUGGAGUCACAACAGCUGGGCUGUGUGUUUGUUUCACACGCUCAGUGAUCUGUCCUUGGUUUAUAGGCACCAAAACUGGCCCAGUGGACGGUGGGAACCAGUGUUGGGAUCACUGAUCACCAUCCAGAUCUGUGUGAGACAAACAGACCCCAGCUGUUUUGCUUCCAGAUGGUAGCCAAUCUAGCCUGGGGUUGAUAUGUGCAUGGAGCUAUUAAACAUAUAAUGUGUAUAAUAGUUCUGUGAUAUGUGCAUGCCCAUUAUCCUGUUCAGUGACUGUGCCAUGUACCUAUAACACUGGAAAUUUUGAUUAGUGGGCUAAAUAUGCUACUUGGCAUUUCAAAACUGCACUCUGUGGGCAUGGUUUAACUUGCAACAUAACACUUAUUAACCGGAUUGUUAAGCACAGAGUAUUUUGUAACGUACAUAAAAUGAAAUGUUUGUUAUUUCAGAACCAAAGACAUGUACCUGUAUGUAACCUGGCAAAUCAUGUCGGGGGAGGGGGGUGUUGUACAAAACUUGAGAGAAAAGAAUCUGAUAUUUUUCUGGUGACAUUUUUUGUUCUGAAAGGGCCAAAUCCAUGAAUGUUUGAGCUUGUGCAAUGUUAUAGAGAUGUGCUUCAAAUGGGGUUGUUGGCUUUUUGCUCACUAUCUCUACAUGUCUUACAUGUGCAAAAUGAGACUUUUUCAGUUCCUUGCUCGGUAUUGAAGUAAAGUGUGUUUUAUUUAAGCAUCAUUAAACAUGGAUUGUUACUUUGUUUGGAACUUUUUAGCCUGAGCUGGUAUUUUUCCCAAAGUCAAAUGUAACAUUAAUAAGAUUGAUUUGUACAUACUUCUGAAAACAGAUAGUAAUUUGUAUCCUAUUUACAUGUAUUAUUCAAAUUAAUGGUCGCUUUUUUUUUUUUUUUUUUUUUUUUCUUUUUUUUUUUUUCCGUCCUAGUCAAAGAUUUUGUUUUUACCAGAAUGAGGCUACCAUAUACAUAAAAAAUGUGUGCAAAUGCGUGACCAUAUAUGAAUACAAAUGUAGCUGGCUUUUGCUCAUAAUACUCCGUUUGAAACCAACAAAAGAUGAAGGGUUUCUUUUUCUUUCUUCUGGGAAAGAUUAAUAUUUGAAUAAUUCAUAUGUUGCAUUCGUCAUUGUAGAACCUUCCCCCCCCCCCAGAAACAAAUUACCAGAGAUAAAAAGUACUGCUAUGUCAUUAGCGGUUAAGGCAAACUGGUUUAAUAGUAAUGGUUAUCGUGUUCACCCUUUUUAGAAGGGAAAAUUGUUGAAACAGUGGAAAACACUGAAGCAAAUCGGAACCUUUUUGUAGGCACACCAAAACCUGUUGCAUCAUGUGCAUAUAUGUGUGUGCUAAAAUCCUGCCGGAGUCAACACCACAAAAGCUGGUUUCUCUUUUUUUUUUUUUUUUUUUUGGCUAUAUGAACAUUGUUUGCAUCUACUCAGAGCACUGCAUUCUUAAAAAAAAAGAAAAUUGUGUGCUUUGUAAUAAAUAACUCAACAUUUAUUUACAAAUUCCUGUAGGGGAGAAAUGCCUACAGAAAAAUGACUUUGUACUGGACCACGUCUUGUUUUUUAUGUACAAGUUACCUUCAGCAUAAACUUUCCUUAAACAGUGUGGUGUGAAUGAAAUACAUUUUCAUUCCACCUGUAUUGAGUAUUGGGCCAAUUUGUUUUGUUGGUUAAAAUACCCGAGUACACCUGGAAUCUAGUUAGUAAUCCACCAUCCUUUUUUGGCCAAGUAGGCUAUUAGGAAAAUGGGUUUAAAACUGGUUAUGCUUGCUAACCAGUUAAGUUGAUGUUUAAAAUUGUAGGGAAAAUUGUGAGUAUAUUUGAGACCUAGCCCAUUUCAAUGCAACUGUAGACAAAUUUCUGUUGAGCUGCUAUAAGCUAGAAUCCCUGAGAGGUGGCUCACUAUCCAUUCCUGUGAACAUGUAAUGUGUAAGUUUACAAAAUGCAUGAAAAAUGCUUGUCUUUGCUCCUAAGAUGUUAGUACCAGUUGGCUUUAAAAGCAGGGUCAGAAUUGAGUGUGACAAGUCAAAAAUAUAUUUCAAACUUGAUUUUUAAAUAUGUUUUCAUAGUGUGAACAAGUGUACAAUAAAACAGCAGAGUCGCUAUCGGGUACAAAAAGGA